AUGGCAGCGUCACGGCCUGAAGCAGCGUCUUAUGAGGAGCAGCACGUGCACAACGUGUACGAGUCCAUCGCCAGCCACUUUUCAGCCACUCGAUACAAACCUUGGCCGGUGGUCGGAGACUUUCUGAACUCCCUGCCCAAGGGCGCUGUGGGGAUCGAUGUUGGGUGUGGGAACGGCAAGUACCUUGGUGUGAACCCCGAUGUCUACAUCAUGGGCUCCGAUCGAAGUCCGUCCUUGGUCGCGAUUGCACGAGACCACGGCGGCGUGCGGAGGUCAGAUGUAGCCGUUGCCGACGGGCUAUCCCUGCCAUAUCCUGACAAGGCAUUUGAUUUCGCCAUUUGCAUUGCUGUGGUACAUCACCUAUCCACGAAUGAGAGAAGGAUAGCAGCGGUCAAGGCCCUUCUAGACUGCGUCAAAGAUGGCGGCCGGGUGUUGGUCUUUGUCUGGGCCCUGGAGCAGGGCUCUAGCCGCAGAGGCUUCGACGAAAGCACGGAUCAGGACCUCCUUGUACCAUGGGUGAAAAAGGCAAAAGUCGAAAAAGGUGGGCAGCCAAUAGCUGGGGCUAGCGACCAGACGUAUCAGCGGUACUAUCACCUCUUCAAGAAGGGCGAGCUCGAAGACGAUGUCAUCGCGGCCGGUGGCAAAGUCCUUGACCACGGCUAUGAUAGGGAUAACUGGUGGGUCAUCGCUGCAAGGGCGUAA